AUGGCUUCUCUCUACACAGCCCUUGAUCCCACAUCACUAAUCCUUUCUCAAUUCUCAAACUCAUCCGAUCAGCCUCAGAUGCUUCAACUUUCUACACAGAGUUUGUAUAUGGAAAGGGGACCAAGGUACAACGAUUAUGCUGCUCUUAGAGAGUCAAAGCUGAGGAUGAGGUCCAUGAAACAACCGAUCCACGAGGAAUUCCAAGAAGAAGAGAUGGAAUUGGUCACGACCCCACCAAAGAAACAAGUCAAAUUUCAGGGUAAUCUAGCCGUUACGCCUUCUAGACGGACGACGAAAGGGUCGUCUUCUUCUUCCUCUAUUUUGACCCAGUCAGUGCCGGACUUUUCAUCGGCUUUGCGGAAGGAGAAUCGGAAACCGCGGGUUCCUCCGCUCCCGACGAUGAUGGAGAAGUCAUUAACGCCGCCGCUGAAGUCGAGGAGUGGGAAAUUUGAUGGGAUGGUUGUGGGGAAAUUGGGAGGAGGUUCAGGGAGCAAGUCGGUGAAUUCUGGGGAUAAAAGGGCGGCUGGAGGAUUGAUGGCUGCUAGGAAGAGCUAUGCAAGUAUUGAGGAUUUGAGAGGAUUGGCUUCUGAUGCAAGGAGUGCUAUUAUUGCAGAAAACAGGGGAGGAAAGAUUGGGAGAGGAAUUGGCAGCAAAACCAUAUUGGGUUACAGCAGACAGUAUUGA